AUGGUGGCUUAGCGGCGCACAGCUGAGCGCGUCACGUGAUAUGCUCGAAGGUCGGCAGAGCGUCGUUGCUGGAUCGAGAAGGUGCUGGUGGCGUACUGCCGAGCUGCAGCGCUUUGAGGUCGUGCACCGUGAGCCAAUCGGCCAGGUGCAGCAGCCAUGUCGGGAUUGCGGGUGUGUGGCUGCCUCAACUGGAGCGUCCACUGCCAGGAGGUGCAGUCGUGCGACCUUCGACAGAAAGCUCCUCUGGCCGACCCCUUCUUCAAGGGUGGCCUCGUCUGUGCCAAGCUCGCCCCACAGGGCAUUACCAAAAGGCACUCAUUCCUAGAAAGUGUGCGCACUGUUGGCGACUGGGAGGUGCACAGCUGUCAGGGUUGCCACCAAGAUGUGUACGCGCAAGCCUCUGACCGGAGCCUGCUGCUCAGUGCCAACCUUGAGAGUGACAUCAAGCGCAUUGAAGCAAUGCGGGCCUCGGCCGACUACUCUCCUUGCUUCCACGUGUUGCUGCCACCAGUGGCUGACAACGAGGGAGGGGCUGCGAAUGUGGCACCAGGUGUGACCGAGGAGGAGGCCCUUGUGGCACGCCUGCACGUGCAGCAGCUGGCUGCGCAGUUCCUGCAAAAUGAGCUGGAGGCCAUGGAAGCACGCCUCAGGCUUUACCAGGAGCAGCAGGCGCAGGCAUUGGAGCGGCUGCGGCUUCGAACGGCACGUGAUCAAGAUGCCCUCUGGCACAUUAUCGUCAGCAAGAGUGGUGGCCAAGAACAGGUGUCUGCUGGCCGGGUGACCAGUGUGAAGCAGCGGCCAAUGGCACCACAGAUGUCUGAUGUAAAAUGCAGAGUGGCUGCCCAGCUUGAAGGAGAGAUGUUCCAGCUGGAUGGCUUUGAAGAAGAUGAGGCAGCUUUUCCAUCUUCCGAAGAGGAGCACUCGGAUGGAGUGGCAGACCACAGUCAGAAUGCAAUGUUCUGGCUUUGGGUCUUGCAGAUGACGGCAACAGCAGUAGCAGCAGUGCCCUCGAUGAGCCUGUGCGACACUGUGCCUACUCGCUUCCGGUGGACAUGCCCAGGUGGCGGCCUCGUGAUGAUGACCACCAGUUUGCUGUGGAGCACGACCGGAUUGGUGCCAACAUCGAAGCCCUGGCUCGCAGUGUGUGUGAUGGCACAGAAAUGUUUGGUGACCUGCCCCGACCUCGGCUGAAUUCGAUGCAGAGGCCCUUGUUCUGAACAUGUUGAUUGAUUGUGUGAUUGUAUGCGAAUAAGAAUCUUUGUUCAUUAGGCUGA